UAGCAAGAAAAAAUGUCGAUGGUUGUGAACUUCAGCGAAAGAAAUGACCAAAAUAUUCCUUUAGCGCCAUGUCACUCAUCUCUGGUCUUGAAGAAAAAGAGAAGUCCUCAGAUCAAGGUUGGAGUGAUUCCUGUAGGUUUCCCACUUCUGACUCUGUAGUUGAAGUUGACAGUCAAACAUCAGACUCCGUACAACAAACCAUAGUUGAACCAAUUGAGACAGUAGUGAUCAAUUCUUCUCUGGAGGAGAGUGUAGAAAUUGAUAGCCAGGAAGGAGGUCUUGGCUUAAAUUCAUCAGCCCAGGAGAGUGGAAGUCAAGUGGUAGACAGUCAAACAAAUGAAAAAGGGACUGAGAGUGACAAGUUUGAAGGGGCAAAAUUUCAACAGAAACCUCAGUCGCAGGAAGAAGGAGAGGUUCAGAUAGUGGAAAAUGGAAGUGAGGCUGUUCAGAAUAAUGCUGCUGUGCAAGAGCAACAAAAGCUCAAAUUGCAACCGUCAUUCAAUGCAAAAGGGCAGAUAGAGUUAACAUUAACAGGUACAUGUAAUAAACCUGAGGAAAAAGCUUUGCUUGAGAAACUAUUGUCUAAAGUAAACUAUCAGCAGCUGGCCAACCAAGUGAAUUUAUCGUCGGCUCAUCCAGGUGCAGCACGACAAACAGUGCAAGUAAAUUUAGCAACAUCUGCUCAACCAAGUGCAACCCAACAAACAGUACAGGCAACAAGAUCCCCACAGGUCCCUUUAGUUAGGACCACAAUUGGACCUUCAACACCUUUGGCUCAGUUUAAUUCUCAGUUGGGAACAAGUUCCUCUCAAACAAGAAGUCCACUUAAUAUUAAUGCCAUUCUUAAUUGUGCAAAUCAGGGAAAGAUUUCCAAAGAAGAUCUUCUGAAACUAAUCAAAAGCUGCAGGACUGCAACAGGACUGAACACCCAGCCACAGAGUCCACAACAGCUGCAGGGCCAAAAAAUUAUUCAAGUCCAGUCAGUACCAACAGCAGCAGGAAACCAGGUCAUUAAUCCUGUUCUACUCGCUGCACCUGUGCAGAAAAUUGGAACCGUUUCCCUGGCUAAGCAGACGACACUAGCAAAUCUCAUUCAGAGUAAAAGUAACCAGGGAGUUGGAUCGGGUGGAGUGACCACAUCUUCUAACGUGGGCAGUCCCCAAUUAUCUACUGACAAUACUCCUCCGAAGGUUGUCCACAUUGCUGCAUCUACGCCAGUCAAACAAGCAACAACAGUAAACAAUAACCAAGUUAACAGCAACUUGACCCUGACCAGUCCACAGAAAGUCCAGACUGUCGGGAGUCUCCAAACUGUGACCUCAAAAAACCAGACUGUUAUCAUACCAAGUGGUGCAACUCAGUACAUCAUUGUAAAUCCAGGAACACCGAUACAAAAAGUAAACCAUCAGGCUGUAGGAAACCAGCAGGCAUCAGCAGCUGUCAAUUCCGGAGUGAAGUUAGCAGGGGCACAAUUGACUACCCCAGUCAGAAUCAUUCAUAGUGCUAGUCCACAGUUGAGUCAGGUUCAGACACCUCUCGCCAGUCCCAGCUUCUCAGCUAGUCAGUCUCCCACAAAAAUUGUCAUUCCCCAAAACUUUUCUGUGUUAACCUCUGUUGUGGAUAAUGCAAAUAUUCCCUCUACUCAAGGAGUGGCAAUUUCAGUUCCACCUGGGACUAAUGUGAAUUCUCAAACGUUGGGGAGAGGGAUCGCAAAUAGACGAGGACCUCAGGUCAGGCAACCGAGGCCACAAGGUCGAGGCAAACGGACCAUUAAACAGAAUUAUUUUGUAAAUCCGGCCUCAGCUCAGGCAGGGUCUGCCACAUCUCCUGUUCAAAUCCGACCCCAAAACUGUAACGAUGCUAUAAAAGCUGUUCCACUUUCACAGCCAGUGAUUGUUGCAAGAACACAAAGUUCUGGACAACUUGUGCAAUCUAACAUUAUUAAACAACAGGUGAAUCAUACUGGCAUCUCUAUGAACAAACUGGAGGGUGCUUCACCAGGACAAAGUAAUUCAUCAUCUCUAGUGAAUUACAGUGAUUCGGACUCACCUUCGAAUUCAUCGGAUAAAGGUGAGAGUGAAUCCUCAUCAGAACUGUCCAAGUCUCAGACCUCAGGUGUUCGGACACUUUCCAAUGGAGCGCUGGUGAUGCCAGAUAUCUUAUCAGAGGCCAUUGCUAGGGCAAAACCAACUGAUAAAAUUUUAGUGAACUUCACGAACAGUAAAGGGGCUGUGAAGUUUCAAAAAAAUACUGUGUACAAAAUUCCAUGCAAGGGAGAAAACAAAUUCUACAGAUACGAUGGGCAAUACCUUGUGCCAGCCAAUGAAACCACCUUUGGCCUGAUUGGAGGGGGAGUGGGGAACAGAAAAGAGAAACCACUUCGGGGCAAUGCCACAGGGCUACACAUGACUACUCCACAACAAGGGAAUAGCAGUGCCAGGUCAUUCCUCAAUGCGGCAGAAGCUGUCGGCAAGGUGUUCAAGGAGGGUCGAUUUUGGAAACACACAGCUGGACCGCAGAGGACUAUUUUUAGAUUGGCCAACAAUACUGACCAAGAUACAGAUGAAGAAACUUCUGAAUUAACUAGUCAAGAUAACAAGCAAGGAAAGAAAAGACCCAUUGAGGAUGUAUCUGAUUUACCCCCUAUCAAUGAUGAUGAAAUGCGAGUGGUUCACUGUAAAUUCUGUGGCUAUACCAGCAUGACUGUCAAAUCAUGUGAACGAUGCUGUCGAACUUUCCCAGCUGACACUAAAAUAGAAAUCCAGAAAAAGAAAUUGAAAACGGAUGUUGAAAAUAAAGAAGAGGAUACAGCGAUCUCAAAACAAACUUUUUAUGGAAAGACAGUGACUAAUCAAGUUGUGUUACACCCUGCUACUAACAGGGAUGGGAAUAUUGUGUAUGUUAACUACGUCACUAAGGGACGGCGUGUGAAUCUGGAAGGGAAAACGUACAGGUCUCCGUCAGUGAUCCGCGGAGCUAAGCAACCCAAGAAGAUACACACCUUAGAGCCAGUAACAAUAUCAAUAUCAUCCGAUGAGGAGGAAGAAACAGAGAAAUCAGGCAUCCCAGAAUCCCCUGCCACAGGAAGUGAACCCCAAGCUACUGUAGAGAAGGAUGACAUCGGUCAGCUCCUUGACAACAUUCCUCAGAGCAAACGCACAGCAUCACCAGUUUUCCAGAACAGCAGGAUGAAGAGAAUGGAGAAUGAGGAGGGGAUACCAAUCAUUAGAAAGACAGGGAAGAGGAAAUCUCCAACAAUGCCCCCAUCUCAGGGAACAGCAACAAAUGUCCCUCCCAACGAGUUGGCAGAUCCCCAACGAUCUGAAGAAGCAAUGGAUGUGUCCAUUGUGGAUUUCCACGCUAGAGUCAUCCAUAUUGGAUCAGUAUUGGGCUGUCCUGUUGAGCCUGUUUUCAUUGCUGAGGACUCAAUCUCAUUUCAAGUUGAAUGUGAGGAUAACACACAUAAGUUUAUUAUCAAACCAGAUGAACUACAACAGUGUAUGUAUUGUCUGGAGAAUAGACCUGUCAUAUUUCUCAAGACAACUCCAGAAUUUGCAAGGAAAGUUCGGGAAAUGUUGAAGUUGGAGACGGUGAAUGGGGAAAAUGGUUUUGAUCCUAAUGAUCACGUAAUGAAACAUCAGUUUAUCACCAUUUUGCUGGUCAGUUUGGGAUCUCUAACCUCACAGAAACUUGAGUGUGUACUCAGAAAAUACCCACAGCCAAAGGAUACAACUUUUAAUUUCAUUCAACAAAUGACAGCCAAUGAGGCAGCUCUGUAUCUGAAGGAGAUUCAGGGAGAUGAAAGCAUGUCUGAGCCCUCUACACCUCAACCCCAGCCCCAUGAAAGGUCACCUUCGCCACCAAAGAUACUAUUCACUGGUCCAGUUGUCAAACUUAUCACAUUUCCACCCCCUCCUGCACCUGGAGGGAUUCAGGUCACAAAUGAAGAUCUGUCCUGUCUACAGGAGGGAGAAUUCUUGAAUGAUGUCAUCAUCGACUUUUACCUCAAAUAUCUAUUCCUGAAUGUACUGAGUGACAAAGACAGGGAGAGGACACACAUGUUCAGCUCGUUCUUCUUUAAACGUCUGACCCAGAGACAAGGUCGCUGUGGACCAGAGGACAGUAUGGCAGAUAAAACACCAGCAGAGAAGAAGCAUGCCAGGGUCAAAAACUGGACAAAGAAAGUGGAUCUUUUUGAGAAAGACUUCAUUUUUGUACCAAUUAAUGAACAUUCUCAUUGGUUUCUGGCUGUGAUAUGCUUCCCUGGACUUCCGAGUGCCAAACGUAUAACUUAUGUUCCAAAGUCAGCCAGUACGGAAACCCAGCCGGUGACAGGACCAGAAGUCUCUCCUCAGGACCUCAAUUCGAAAGAGGAAGGAGGGAUGGGAAAGGAACCAGUCAAAUCAGAGGCAGGAGGGCUAGAAAAGGAACCAGUCAAAUCACUGAAAGGUUAUCGGAUUCCAAAGGUUGUAAAAAACGGUGAACCUAGUAGUGAAAGUGGUGAUGGAUCAGUGAAGUGUUUACCUUCAGAGGAGAACAGCAGAGAGAGUGGGAAAAGUGCUUUGGAGUCUAUGGAGACAGAUGAAAAUUCUCUGUCAGAAGGCCAGAAAAAAGAAAUAGCUGAAGAUUCAGAAGAAAUGAUGGACACAAGUGAAAGUCCUACCCAGUCUGAAAUUGAGCAAAGCCAGACAGACACAGAGAAAUCUAAGGACCAGUCUGACUCCAGUUCACAGGACACAGGCAAAAGUGAAAGUGAAAGUAAAACUGAAACCAAUAACCAAGUCAAAGCCAAAGCAUCAAAACCUGUUUUCAAAGCAACAGUGAGGGAUCUGCGAGGAAGAGAGCUUACAGAAGAGGAGUUGAAAGAUCCUAGCUCUCUGAAAACUUUUACCACAGGCUGUAGACAGCCCUGCAUCUUAAUUUUUGAUUCCUUAGCAGGACAGAGCAGGUCUCGUAUUGUCGCCAUCCUCAAAGAGUAUCUUCAGGUAGAGUGGGACACUAAAAAGAAAACGCCCAACAGUCUGAGGGAGAGAAUCCGUGGCUGUACUGCCACCAAGGUCCCUCAGCAAACCAAUUUCAGUGACUGUGGCGUAUACAUACUGCAGUAUGUGGAAAGCUUUUUUGAGGAUCCCAUCCAGGAUUUUAGUAUUCCACUGAAAUCUCUGUCUGACUGGUUCACAGAAGAAAGGGUCACUGCCAAAAGAAGUGAAAUCAGGGAACUUGUGAUGAGUCUAAAAGAAAGUCAAGAAAAGGGCAAGUCCUGACCCCAUUGUAUGGAAUAUGGUAGCUUUCUCUCAAACCAAGGUGAUGUUGGAAGUGUUUACAGGUUCAUUUGAACUUUAAUUCGUUUCAGUUUUUUGGUUAUUUUCCCCAACCAUAUUACAACUGGUGCUACAGAAACAGAUGUUCUGGGUGUUUUUGUUAUUUGUAUGGGGUGAGGGAAAUUCUGUAUGAAAAUGAAAAGCAGUUAAACAGCAUGCUAGUUGAAACUUCAGAUGAUUUUUCCCCCCUUGGAUAUUACUGGUAUCAAGUUCAUUCAGUGAAUUGUUCAAGAAAUAUUCAAGGAUUUACGCAGGUUGAAACUUCACACAGAACUUGGAGACGCUCUCAGGAGAGAUUAAAAAAAAAUGUUGAAAAAUAUUCAGUAUUUCACAGUGAAUAUUUAUUAUUCAUUUUGUGUUCAAUAUUUAAUAUGAUAAUUAAAAUCUAUGUGAUAUGACCGGAGGCCAUUAUGAUGGAAUAAGACCGAAUAACCACUAAGAAACUGUACAUAGAUUGGACACCGUUGACUGUGCUGUGUAUAGAAAAUCUGUGUUCUGUUCAGUCUGUCCCUGUAAGUGAAAUUUCAGGGAGACAUAAUUAUCAGGAGCAUUACAUUUAUGUAGAAAAUUGAAAUCUGAAAGCCAUUGCAUUGUUUGAAGAUUUAAUAUAGUAAAAAUUUACAUAACGUUUGUGAGUUUAUAUUCAAAAUGUGUUGAGUUGCAUCUUGGGAAAAUCUGUAAGAAAAUCAACAAAUGAUGUUACUCAAAGUAAAUGACAAGCACAUGUAAAUAAACAAUUUAUUGUAUGUUUUGGUGAUUUAAAGUUGUAUUUGUUGGAGAGAUUUGUUGAGAGAGAGUGAAUGCUGUUUGUUGCUAUGUUAAUAUUCCAUUUCAAAUAUUUCUGAAUGCUUAAAAGCUUCCCUCAGAACUAUCACAUGGUUGUAGAUGGUGCAAAAUUAAGAUAUUUUGGUAUGAAAUAUGCAUGUUAUAUAAGUAUAAAAUUGCAGUAUUGGUAAUCUUCUUGAACAAUUACAUGUAAUGUGUAAAUUUGAAACCUCCGAUUUUGUAUUAGAUUAAAAAUCAAAACUUAAAUUGUUAAAGAAACAGAUAUAGCUAAAUACCCAUUCAGCAGUUUAAGAGAUUUCCCGUACAUGAAACCAAAAAAAAAAUGUACUUUUUUAAAAAAUGAACAUAAUAGAAUGUGAUCAUGGGGAAAUAUGCCUUUUCUUCUUAUGUUGAUAUUUCUGAAAAUGCUUGCAGCAAUACUUUGUUGUUUGCUGCACAAUUCCUUAUGAGUACCUUAUUUGUAUAAACAAAAUCAUGGAUCAUUCAUCAUUAAAUUUAAUGUUACUUAA